GUUUGUUCUCCGGGUCCUGCUGUUGUGCGGAGGACGCUUCCCACACUUUGCCGCCAGGUUCCUCGUUUCGAAGUCCGCCGCGGCGAAUAUGGCCUCAGGAGUUCAGGUUGCGGAUGAAGUAUGUCGCAUUUUCUAUGACAUGAAAGUUCGGAAAUGCUCCACACCAGAAGAAAUCAAGAAAAGAAAGAAGGCUGUCAUUUUUUGUCUCAGUGCAGACAAAAAGUGCAUAGUUGUUGAAGAAGGCAAAGAGAUCUUGGUUGGAGAUGUUGGUGACACCAUAACCGAUCCUUUCAAGCAUUUUGUGGGAAUGCUUCCUGAGAAAGAUUGUCGCUACGCUUUGUAUGAUACAAGCUUUGAAACCAAGGAGUCCAGAAAAGAAGAGCUGAUGUUCUUCUUGUGGGCACCAGAACAUGCGCCUCUGAAAAGCAAAAUGAUCUAUGCGAGCUCAAAGGACGCCAUCAAGAAGAAAUUUCAAGGCAUAAAGCAUGAGUAUCAAGCAAAUGGACCAGAAGACCUCAAUCGGACUAGUAUUGCAGAAAAGCUUGGUGGCUCCUUAAUUGUAGCUUUUGAAGGAUCCCCUAUUUAGAUCAUCAGCCAGUGCCACAAAUUGAAAGCUUCCAUGUUUAACACUAUCCUUUCACUAUAGAAGUAAGCAAAUAUAUUAGGCCAGGAUCUCACUGAGGGGAAUUGUCUUGUCAUCUUUAUAGUAAACUAAAAAUUCUAUAGAUGUGUGCAAACACCAACACCUACAUAAAUCUAGCCUCUAAAGUUUCAUUGGUGUGGAAUUAAAUUCUUAUUGGCCAAAUGCCUAUUUUCAUGAAGUGACUUACAAAGAUUUUGUUGAGCUCAGGAUUUUAAUAACACAGUUCACAAAACAGUACAAGGCAAUGUGAAGCGAACUCUAAAUCUUCACUAACCUCAGCAGUUACUUUUGCUUCCUUUGCUUAGAAAACUGAUUGUAAUCUAUGUAUAAUUUUCAUCCAAAUUCUCUAUUUUUCCUUGACUUAAACAAAAUAAUGAGGUAUAAUUUUCUUUAUAGUGUGUACAACACUGAUAUGCACUAACAGCAGUAACUAAGCCAGGCGGUCCUCAUUCAUCAGAUAGAUCAUGAGACUGCUUCAGAAUUGUGUCUGCUUAGAAUUCACGCUGAUCUUGCAGCACACCAUCCAGAGCACGGUGCUGGAAUGCAGGAAGCAGCCCUGUACCUGCAACGAGAGGCUCCCUGGGCUGGGAAACUGCUUAUAGUGACUUUGUUAAAUCAUGGUAUAUCCUCAGGAGAAUGUUCAGUGUCUUGUAACAAUUAUAUUGCAAAUUAGGGCUUCAUUGUAAUCUACUUCUUUAAUGAAAAAUGAUAAAGCAGUGUAUUUUAAAAAGUCA